GUCCGCCAGCAGCCGACGCGUUGUGUGCGUGCGUGCCUGUGUGUGUGUAUGUAUGUGUGUGCAUGUAUGUGUGUGAGUGAGUGAGGAAAAUGAAGAAGCAACUCAACACACAAGUAGCCUCGCUCACUUGAACUCACUCGCUCGCAGUGUCAGUAUCAUUAUUAAUCCGGAAAUUCACAGUUGGUAGGUAUUGUUGGUCCCCCAGUAAUCUGGACAGUGAGAGCAGCAGUGUUGCUCCACCCCCAGAGGACAAUGCCGACUCACUCAUUGCUGCCGUUUGUGGAGAGCCCAGAUGGACUUGCCCAAGACAGUUUGAUUAGUAACAGUGCAAGUAUCCCAGGGCCUGGCUCUAGUAUGACACCUCACACCACUUACCCAGAAAAAGCCGUGUUGCAAUCUGGAGGGAGUGUACCGCUAUCUUGUAUGUUCUGUGAUCAGACUUUCACUCAUCAGGAGGAGCUGGGACCCCACGUAUUAGCACAGCACCCCACCACUUUCUUUGAACCAGCCGUGCUUCGAGUUGAAGCAGAAUUUAGGAUCCCAGGAGAGAGACCCCGACCCAAACCGAGUAACCUCCCCAAUGAAAAAGAGGAGGUUCACAGCUGUAUCGUGUGUGGUCAGGUAUCACAAGAUGCCAGUGAGCUGGAGACCCACAUGAGGAAGCACAAGGACUACUUUACUUACUGCUGUAAUGUCUGUGGACGGCGGUUUAGAGAGCCAUGGUUUCUUAAGAACCACAUGAAAAUGCAUGUAAAACCAGGAGCAAAGAGCAAGGCCCAGCAAGACCUGGAGACCCCGGUCACAGUCAACGGCAUCGCCCAAGACCCUGUGUCAGAGCCUGUAGUCACUGCUUACAAAAUGUGCAUGGUUUGUGGGUUUUUCUUCCCUGACCAUGACAGUUUGGCAGAACAUAGCAAAGUACAUAAUCGAGAGGUGGAGCCUGGCAAAGAUAAAGACAUGGAGAACAUGGAUGGCACUACUGAAUCUCUUGCCAAAGAGACAUUUCUACACAGUCUCAAUCUUAUGCCUUGCCCUACAGGAAAUGGUGUGCAACCAGUAAGAUCAUCAAAAUGGAUUCCACAGCUAGAUCCUUUCAAUACAUAUCAGGCUUGGCAACUUGCUACAAAGGGCAAGAUAGCAGUUGGUCCUAAUAAUACUAAAGAUAUCGGCCAGGAAGCCAGCACAGACAACGAAGACUGCGGUUCUGAUAAGGAGGAGUUGAAUAAUAUUUGGUCCGAAGGCCAAAGAGACAAAGCUAUGAAAGAGGUUCUUGGGAGAGAGCUCAGGUCUCAGCAACAGACUGUAGCAGACAACCCAGAGCCACAGCGGAGGUCUCUGAUGCAAAAAAAUAAGGACAAAGAAAGGCCAACCACUUGUGAGGAUUGUCAGAGAACGUUCAGGACCUACCACCAGUUAGUUCUCCACUCCAGGGUGCACAAGCGUGAAAGAGGUGGCGAAGAAAGCCCAACUUCGUCUGUUGAAGGGAAGUUGUCAAGAGCAGGCUCACUGGAUCAUGCAGAGGAAGGCUCAGAGGAGGGCUUUGAGGAAGCAGCAAUGACAGAAAACCUGGGUUCAGGUGAAGAUGGUUUUGAUCGAUCAAAGGUCAGAUCAAAAGAAUGCAACUACUGUGGCAAAUCAUUUCGAUCCAGCUAUUAUCUCACAGUUCAUCUGAGGACUCACACAGGUGAAAAACCAUUCAAGUGUGCUUACUGCAGCUAUGCUGCAGCCCAGAAGACUUCACUGAAAUAUCACCUGGAUCGGCGUCACAAGGACAAACCUUUCAUGGAGAUCCCCAGCAGACCUGUGCCUUUAAUGCCCUCUCCGAAUGAUGGAAAACAUGGAAACGACAAUGAAAAUCCUGCCCCAAAUAGAUCCAAACUCUGGGUUCCUGCAGUCAGAUCAUGCACCGAUGGAACACCGGAGGACAGAUUUGAUGGCGUAGGUAGCAAGCUCGGCAAACCACUCGUCCAGAUGAAUGCUGAGUAUGAGAAAUUAAUUGCUAAGCCUGCUUACUCCCCGAUUGAUGAUGUGCUCAUAAAGUGCCCCGUACCUGUUAACCUGAAGAUGGAACGGGAGGAGAUAAAAGACGAGAACUCUGAGGCCCCAUUAAAUCUGUCCUUAAAAGUGUCUCUCUCCAUCCCCGCCAGUGCAGAACCCAGAAGCGCAUUAAUCCCAAUUGCCUGUUCGUUUUGUGCAUAUAAAACCAUCUACCCAGAGGUCCUGAUUAUGCACAAAAAGCUGAAUCAUAAAGACAAGUCAGACAGUACAAAAAAGAAUGGAUUUGGAGGCAGUUCAAAACAAAAGCGUUUCACAGGCUGCCCCCCCGCACUCGAAGGGAAAGAUGUCACCCCACUUCCGAUGAUUGACAGGCGCCACCCACGUCGAACCAAGUCCCCGACCCCUCAACCCGCAAAACCACAAGAAAAGACACCUGUUAACCCACCGAGCGGUCCUAAGCUGUCCCCUAUCCAAGCACCCCUACAUGACGUCCAGGAGACCCAGAGAUAUAGACAGAACAUUGAUUCACAUGCCAGUCAGGAAUCCUCCAGGUAUACGGAGCUCAUGAGGAAAUCCAACACAGGCAGCAGCACCAGCAAGUAUGUAAUGGACAGACCAGCUCCCCCAGACAGAGCGGGAAUUGGUGAGAGGAGUUACCCAGCGAGAAGUGGUGUCAUUUGGCACUCAGAUGCUGCCAGGCUGUGCUUGUCAAGCCAAUUCGGGAGUCUCCCCCAGAUUGAUUUCGGCGAACCUUCCAGUAAGAGAUUAAAGUACUCGCUAGCUACAGGCAGAGAAGCUGACAGUGGUGAGAAACCUGGCUUCAGAGGACCAGCAGGGGACGGAUCCAACAGGCUGCUCAUCUCAGGGAGAAGCGUGAAAACCACAUCGCAAGGGUCGUGUCCAUCCACGGCGUCCGAGGCUUUGGGUUCCGUGAAGAGUACAUCUACAGCUAUCGGAGGAGUUUUGGACACUGACUGGAGCAUGAUGAACCUUCUGCGCUCCUACACACCCAAUGACCUGGCGUCUCUCUAUCACAGCACACCACCUAACCCCAGUCAUGGAGGACUGGCCAACCCAAGAGCAGGGGGCAGAACUGUGCUGUACCAACACUUACCCACUCUGCCCACCCUGCAGAGGAGAGACCCCUCAGGCUCAUUCCCUAAUCAACGCUAUGGGACCACUGAUAAAACUACCUAAAGUGGCACCGAGAUUUGAACUGUGCUGCUACCUUAUUUCGGAGAACUUCUUGGAAAAUUUGUUUAAUGUACAGUUUCAAUAAGAGAGAUGGUUUGUGUUGUAAAAGUUUCUCAGUUCCUCUAAUUUAAUUUUUUUUUUCCAGUAGAAGAAAAAGUGUAUUGCAUACACAUUUCAGGGCUCAGGCCUUCAGUUGUACAUUCUACUUUUUUUUUUUUUUUGAAUGAAAAGGCGCAGAUCAUCUCUCUUCGAAAAAUAUUAUCCCACUGGUGUGCACUGAUAUUUUUUUUUGUCCACUCAGAACUUUCUGCUUAAUCCAUAUUUGACCCACACUAAUGUUCAGAUCCUGUAAGUGUCUAUGACAUAACAGUGUAUGUGGUAAGUGAGCUUGCGGUAGAUAAGAACUGUAUUAAGGAAAGACACAAGGAACAUGAUUCGUGUGAAGAAUUGCUGCUCUGUUAAUUUACUGUUAAUGUGCAGGCAGUAAUUAGCACUACCCUAUUAUUUUUUUUUCCAUUUCCAAAGCACUGAAGGGUGGGGGAUUUUCUGUCAAAUAACUUGAUGGCUUUGGCCCGGUGGUUUACUAACAGGCCACAGCAAUAAGUCCUUUUCUGUAUGUUGAAGUGGUCUACCUCAUGUUGUGCUCUAGACACUGUUAUUUUUUUUGUAAAGCUGCUGUAGCCAUCAUGUUAGCUGAGCCCGUAUUCCUAGUUCUCUAUCGACUAGAGGGACAGAUGUUUUGAGUUGGAGUAGUAUAACUAGGUGGGCAUGUGUUUGUCAGGCACCACAUAAAAUACAAGCUCAUCUGGUGACACAGAACAACUACAGCUGAGGCCGUAUCAACUUAUGGCACAUGAUUAACUAACACAAUUUUGGAUUGUGGAUUUCUUUGAUAUGCACAGUAUUUACAAGCCCAGUUUUAAACACACAACAGAUUUUGUGUUUGUCCUUUUUUUUUUUUGAAGUGGUAAUGGCUAUCAUCUGCUUUAGCGGUUCAUCAAAUCCAUAAGCUGUAAAAAAAAAGUACCAACUGUCAUGGAGUUUCUGUUUGUGUUAAAUAGUCACGCUGUGUUAUUCUACUGCGCAUCUAGUUACCGUUCAGGAGUUUGCUUUUACUAUGCAGAGUCUUGCAAGUGUUAAUUUGUGGCAAAAGUGGCAAAAGUUAGUCCCAGCUGGUCAUAAAGUGGCCUUUUUAGAUGUAUAACUGUUUGGAGGAGAAAAAAAAAACAAAAAAACAAAAGCAGCUGUUUAUUUAAUUGCUCAAUUAAUUGUACACUGUGAAUAAAAAGUCUCAGGUUAACUCCUAUUUACAAGCUAUUUAGUCUUUUGUGUGAUUUAGUUUUUUUGCCACUUUGAAAGGCUUGGGUUAAGUUAUUUGUUUUGUUUUGUUUGUUUUGUUUGGUUUGGUUAUUCACAUUGCAUGUACACUUAUGUAAAAAUGGAAAUAUUGUUUCAGAUUUGUAUGACACAUUUCAGUAAUAAAGUGAGAGGCGAAAGA